ACUCAUUCAGCCACUCAGUCAGUUCAGGCUGCAGCCCCCUCCAUGACAAGCCCCAGUCCUGGGGAGCGCGAGCACCCACACGGGUCGCACUACCCAGCCUGACCCUCUUGCUUCUCACCUUUCUGACUUCCUACCCCGAGGAGACAGGCACAACUUGAGACUCCCCCCCGAGGGUCCUUUAGGACAGGGGCAGCCAUGUCACAGUUUUCCACCAUGACAACCAGGGAGAGGAAAAUGCAGGCAGCAGCAAUCUGCAGGGAGGUUCAAGCCCAGGAAGAUAUAGAGAUGGAUCUUGGGAAGAAAAUGAGCGUGCCUAAGGACAUCAUGCUGGACGAGCUGUCUUAUGCCUCAAACCGAGGCUCCCGUCUCUUCAAACUACGCCAGAGACGCUCAGAAAAAUACACUUUUGAGAGCACACACAAUGAAAACAACGUGCAGCUCAAUAACGCAACGGUUUCUCAAACUGUGAACGGGAACAGCGGUGAGAACAACUUGGGUGUCGCCCAACCACCUAAAGAGCAGUCCGACACAACAGAUACAAGAAUGGUGCCGAAUCCACACAGUAUUGCCCCGGGGUACGGUGGUCCUCUGAAAGACAUCCCUCCAGAGAAGUUCAACAGUACAGCUGUGCCAAAGUCCUACCACUCACCCUGGGAGCAGGCCAUUAUCAAUGACCCAGCCUUGGCCGACACUCUCCACAAUCGCAUACCCGAGCCAGAGCCCCGACAAGACCUACCAGGAUUCAAAAGUUUCAACAGGGUGGCAACCCCGUUCGGUGGCUUCAGCAAGGCGCCCAGGCCUGCUCCCAUCAAGCCCCUCCAGCUGGAACCCGUCCCUGACUACCCUGAGCUCCAAGGGGACACGGCGAUAAAUCGACCCUCCUUCAACAGAUCUGCUACGGGGUGGGUGUCGGUGGGCGGUCCAGUCCCCCUCCAUACCGUUUCCCUUGAGCCUGUGCUCAUCCCUGAGUCAGAGGACCUUUGAACCCAUGAGGUCACACAGAGAUGCUGUCUACUUAGGUGCUGCACCAUGGUGAGCAGGGCGAGAGAAAGCGUCCUGUUGGGCUUUGAUGGUUCAACUUAUGCAGCAUGUACGGUUUUCUUGGUUCUUUCUUGGUUUUCCAGGGAUGUAAGCUAUUGCACUGCAUGAAUUCAUCACCCUGUACAGUAGGCUGAGACAUUACUGGAAUAAAUGGAAUUUAUUGUAUAUUAAUGUGCAUAAGAGUAUUUUAUCUUGCGGAUACAAGUUUUUGCUCAAUAAAAUGGUGAAAGAAGUCCAA